CUUCCUUCUACCUACAAAAAAGAAAAGAAAAGAAAAUGGCAGCUGAAGCAGGGAAGAAGGAAGAAGAGAUCAUGUCGAAGGUGAAAAUCACCACCAAAACCCACGUGAAGCCCGGGAAGAUGAUAGGGAGAAAAGAAUGUCAACUGGUCACCUUUGAUCUCCCAUAUCUGGCAUUCUAUUACAACCAGAAGCUGCUGUUUUACAAGUGUGGGGAGCUGGAAGAGAAGGUGGAUAAACUCCGGGACGGGCUGAGGGUGGUUUUGGAGGAGUUUUAUCAGCUGGGAGGAAAGCUUGGAAAAGAUGAAGAUGGGGUUUUCAGGGUGGACUACGACGACGAUAUGGACGGCGUCGAGGUGCUGGAAGCCGUCGCCGAAGGGAUCGCCGUCGAUGAGCUCGCUGCCGAUGAAGGCACGAGCUCUCUCAAGGACUUGAUACCCUACAAUCGUGUCCCCAACUUGGAGGGCUUACACAGGCCUCUAUUGUCUGUGCAGUUAACGAAGUUGAAAGAUGGAUUGGCAAUCGGGUGUGCGUUCAACCACGCCAUCCUCGACGGAACCUCGACAUGGCAUUUCAUGAGCACCUGGGCUCAAAUCUGCAGCGGCUCCAACACGGUUGCCGUCCCACCGUUCCUCGACCGGACCAAAACCCGAAACACCCGUGUGAAACUCGAUCUCUCGCUCCCUCCCAAUCCACUCGCCACCGCCAACGGCGAUGCCCGCCAGCUCAGGGAGAAACUCUUCCGGUUCCCCGAAGCCGCCAUCGACAAGAUCAAGUCCAAAGCUAACUCCAACCCACCGACCCCAGGCUCCAAACCAUUCUCCACUUUCCAGUCUCUAGCCGUCCACAUUUGGCAACAUGUGACCCGAGCACGUAACCUUAAACCCGAAGACUACACGGUUUUCACAGUCUUCGCCGAUUGUCGGAAAAGGGUUGACCCACCCAUGCCGGAGAGUUACUUCGGCAACCUCAUACAAGCCAUCUUCACCGUCACAGCAGCCGGGUUACUCCUGGCCAACCCGAUGGAAUUCGGUGCAUCGGUCAUACAGAAAGCCAUCGAAGCGCACGAUGCCAAGGCCAUCGAGGAACGUAACAAGGAGUGGGAAGCGGCUCCGAAGAUCUUCGAGUUCAAAGACGCCGGCGUCAACUGCGUAGUGGUCGGCAGCUCGCCGAGGUUCAAGGUUUACGAUGUGGACUUCGGGUGGGGAAAACCAGAAGGCGUGAGGAGCGGAUCCAACAACAGGUUCGAUGGGAUGGUUUAUUUGUAUCAGGGGAAGAGCGGCGGGAGGAGCAUUGAUGUGGAGAUCACCUUGGAAGCUGCUGCCAUGGAGCAGCUGGAGAAAGAUGACGACUUUCUCAUGGAAGUCUAGCCUUUUUUUCCUUCUUCUUUAGCACGGAUUGAGAGACAAAUAAGGGUGCCAUUUUCACAUUUAUUUUGAUCAUAUCAAAAGCUUGGUCCAUUAAUGAGAAUGAACUGAUCUCCAUGAAUGUGAAAAUCAUUUACACCCUUCAAUAAUAUCCGUGUGAAGACACAGUCGCUUUUGUU